UCCCGGGACAACCUCGGGCGCUGCCCUCUCAGAGAGCUGGGCGGUUAAUUGGAUUCGGGAGGUGGGGACACGGCAGCCUACCGCUGGGGCCAAUCGACGACCUAGAAAGCCCUAUAUGCAAAUACAUGAGGGCUGGGCGCACCCCAAGUUAGGAGGAGCGAGGGUUGGGUACGCGGGCUGUCGGGCAGCCAAUGGGAGCCUGUCUCCUUAAUCUUUGGAGGAGGGGGCCCGCAGGUGUGGUUGCCAGCGGUACCGGCAGCAGAGCCCGGGCAAGACCCGGGAGUAGGAAUCGCGGUUUCUUGGCACCUGUAUUUGAAUUCAGCCUUGCAAAAGAAAACCCUAAAUAUUUUCCACGCUCUGCAGCACCUCUAGGAGCAGAUAAGCAGCAGCAGCCAUGACUUGUUCUUACCACCUGGGCAGCGACUCAAGAAAGAGCAGAGACAACUCGCAACUCCAGAGGCCAAAUUCAGGGGUGCACGGGGAUUUCCCCAGAGCCGCCUCCCAGCCUGGGGAGAUGCUCCAGUGCCUGCCUUUGGAAGGCGAAGAAGGGGCAGACUGGGAAGAGCGGGAGGACAGUUCCCAAGAAGAUCCAAAAGAAAGCGUCACCCUGGCUUUCGUGAGCGAGAAUGCUGGGGGGCAAGAGGGGCUUCAGAAUGCUCAGCAGCAAGGCAAGAAGAGGAAGAAAAAGAGAUUGGUGAUCAAUCUCUCCACCUGCCGGUAUGAGAGUGUGCGCAGGGCCGCCCAGCGGUAUGGCCUUCGAGAAGGAGGGGAGACCAAUGACUGGACUCUCUACUGGACGGACUACUCGGUGUCGCUGGAGAGGGUGAUGGAAAUGAAAAGUUACCAGAAAAUCAAUCACUUCCCAGGGAUGAGUGAAAUCUGCCGCAAGGACUUGCUGGCCAGGAAUAUGAGUCGUAUGUUGAAGCUGUUCCCUAAGGAUUUCCACUUUUUCCCUAGGACCUGGUGUCUUCCUGCCGACUGGGGAGAUUUGCAGAACUACAGCAGGUCAAGAAAAAAUAAGACAUUCAUUUGUAAGCCCGAUUCGGGCAGUCAAGGGAGAGGUAUAUUCAUCACCCGGACGGUGAAAGACAUCAAGCCAGGCGAGGAUAUGAUCUGUCAACUCUAUAUUUCAAAGCCCUUUAUCAUUGAUGGGUUCAAGUUCGACCUACGGAUUUAUGUGCUGAUGACCUCCUGUGACCCUCUCAGGAUUUUUGUGUACAACGAGGGACUGGCACGCUUUGCCACCACCUCCUACUGCCACCCCAGCCCAGACAACGUGGAUGAUAUCUGCAUGCACCUGACUAAUUAUUCCAUUAAUAAGCACAGUUCCAAUUUCAUUCAAGAUGCUCACACCGGAAGCAAGAGGAAGCUCUCCACCUUCAACGUGUACAUGGAGACCCAUGGCUACAACAUGGAGCAGAUCUGGAGAGACAUGGAGGACGUCAUCAUCAAGACGAUCAUCUCCGCCCACCCCAUCAUCAAGCAUAACUACCACACCUGCUUCCCCAACCACACCCUCAACAGCGCCUGCUUUGAAAUCCUGGGCUUCGACAUUUUGUUGGACCACAAACUCAAGCCCUGGCUGCUGGAGGUUAACCACUCUCCGAGCUUCUCCACCGACUCCUGGCUAGAUAAAGAGGUGAAAGACAGUCUGCUAUAUGACACCUUGGUCCUGAUCAACCUGGGAAACUGUGACAAAAAGAAAGUCUUGGAGGAGGAGAGACAACGGGGGCGAUUCCGACAGCACUGUCGUUCUCGGGAGACCAGGAUGGAGGAAGUCAAGGGUUUCCAGGCUAUGCAGUUGGAGAAAACUGAGAAGUACGAGCAGGAGAAUCGUGGGGGGUUCCGCCUGAUUUAUCCUACUCUGAAUUCGGCGAAGUAUGAGAAGUUUUUCCAGGACAACAACUCCCUCUUCCAGAAUACUAUUACCUCCAGGGCUCGGGAGGAGUAUGCCCGGCAGCUGAUCCAGGACCUGAGGCUGAAGCAGGAGAAAAAGUCCUUCCCAGUGAAGGAGAAGAAGGUGGAGAUGCAGGGGGAGUCGGCUGGCGAGCAAGCGAGGGGCAGGAGGACGAAAAGCUGCCAACAGAAGCCCCAGCAGACGCUCCAGGCCGCCACCUUCACCUUCAAACAACAUCUCCAGCCAAUGGCAUUGGUAUCCUGCACACCGGACUUCUUCCUGAGUGUCAGAGAUGCAAAGACAAAUGAGACAGACAGCAGCCUCGACCCGGAAGGGGCCAGCCCUCCUCCUUGCAAGCCUGUAGCUGCAAGGCAUUACACAUCUGUACCUGACCUGAGCCACUCGAACCUUCUCAGCUGCCCGGGGCUGGAGCUCAGUCAACCCAUCUCCAGAAUCGAGGAGGUCAAAUCUGCCUCUGCGGUGAACAUAUUUCCCAGCACAGGGCCCUUAGCCUCCACAGAAACGUGCCCAGCUCCUGCCACUCAGGUCUCAGACUCCCCAGAGCCUCUGCCUGGUGGGACCAGGACAACCAGCUCUGGCUGCGGUAGCCCUGAGAUGAACAAGAUGGUCUUUAAACACAAGGUGCAUCACUUCCCGCAAGACCUCAUCCAGGGGAAAAUAUCCAAAAUUUGCCUUCCAGCAAAAUCCCAGAGCUUCUCACGAAGUCUGAAGCCAAGCUGGUCGGCGCUGGAGAAUGAGACUCAGAAGCAGCCCCUGCUGUCGGAGCUCUUCACCAAGGUCCCACUGCGGGAGAAGCUCUCCCUGUUCCCAGCUUGCUACAGCCGAGAGCUGGGGCCAAGUCACAAGUCACAAAACCGCUGCCUGCCCUGGGAGUGCUGCUUCAGCAGCCGAAGCUCUGGCAAGAAGAGGCAGCUGCGUCUGUCCUCGCUCCUGCUCCUGCACAGUCCUCCCAGCCACGAAAUGACCCUCAGCGACCUGCUGGUGGUCGCCACCCCAGCCCGACUGGAUCCGAGGCCUGGCAGGAGCCACAGCAGCACCGCAAGACACCCGUGUAAGGAAGCCUACAGCCGCAACCUGGUCUCUGGCCAAAAAGGAUGUGAGAGGGACUAGGUGGGUCCACCAGUAUUCCCUUCAUGGGCUUGUUUCCCUGACAAGCACCGCACGUGUGUAUUUCUGGAACGUCAGGGAGGUAGGAGGGUGCCUGGAUUGAUAAAAGACAUCCAGGUAAGUAAACAGUUCAGACGGACCUCAAUCAAAAUGUGCCCCCCGCCAGCCCCUUGCAAUGUGUGAUUCUGCUAUGACCUCCCUCCCUCCUCCUACUAAAGCAAGCAGACUGUGACUGCCAGUUUGACCCAGCCCCCUUGUGACCGGUAGCUCUCGCAGCAGGAGGGCAAACAGGUAAACAUCAGCCCAUAGACAUCACUUUGGGUGCUUGUAAAAAUGCAUACGUCUACAGUCUGCUUCCGGAAAUUCUGAUUCAUUAGGUCCUGGGGGGUCCAGGAAUCUGCAUUUGAGGAGGUCUUCUACCAUGAUUCUGAUGCCCUUCUCCCCACCUUCAGAGAAAAACUGGGCCUGGUGUUUCCCAAACUUCCCUGACAAUAUGAAUCACGGUGGGGGGAUGCUUGUUGAGCCUACAGUUUUCUGGGUCACACUCCCUGAAAGUUCUGAUGCAAGAGAUUGAGAUGAGGCCCUGGGAAUCUGUCUCUCGAAUAAGCAUCUCAGGUGUGGUAGGGAGGAUUGUCCUGCAUCUAGACCCAGGCCUGGGCAGAGGAACCUGUGACAGCCAGGCCUGACCUACUGGCCUGCCCUUAGGGAGCUCAAACCCACCCCUACUAUCUUCGAUUUGUAAUC